CCUUCUCUAUUUGUUUCUUCAUAACGGUUUGGGAUAGCGAGGCGUCCUUAGGGGUUAUGUGAAGUUAAAUAGUUCCAGAACCAGUUUGCAGAGGGAAAUUAUUUUUGGGUGGGUCUAUGCUGGUUUAAGCCCCGCCUUUACAACACAGAUAGUGGAAGACAGCCUGAAGGAGGUUCAGAUAGGAUCCUGAGGAGAGUCCCACAGCCGCAGAUGAACCAUGGCUCUCAACGUUCCAGGAGUGGUGGUGAUGGUCUUCUUCUACCUGAUGGUCCUUGGAACCGGUAUCUGGGCCUCUUUCAAAUCCAAGAGGGAGAGCAAGAAGAGUUCGGCGGACCAGGUGGAGAUGACCUUGCUGGGCAACCGAGGGAUCCACCUGGUGGUGGGCAUGUUCACCAUGACAGCUACGUGGAUCGGCGGGGGCUUCUUCUUCAGUUUGGCUGAGGCAGCCUACAACCCCUCACUAGGAGUCCAGGAGGUGAUCCUCAUGGUCAUCGCAAAUAUCACUGGCUUCAUUGUCUGUGGCACAGUGUUCACCAAGCCUAUGAGGGACAGGAGAUUUGUGACAAUGCUAGAUCCCUUCCACAUUAAGUAUGGAAAGGGAGUAGCAUGCCCCUUCACAAUAUUGUCCCUCAUCUCUGACCUCAUCUGGUUGCCAACUACACUUAUUCCCUUAGGUGCUGUCAUGAGCGUUAUUCUGGAUAUAUCCUACACAGUGAGCAUCUGGAUCUCUGCUGCCGUAGCCAUCACCUACACCCUGCUGGGGGGUCUCUACUCUGUGGCCUACACAGACGUCAUUCAACUCAUCCUCAUGUUCUUCAGCGCAUGGCUGUGUGUUCCCUUUGUGUUGAUGAGCCCUGCCGCGUCUAGUGUCUCCAACACAACACUCGAUCUCAACAGCACUGGUUACCCCCCGUGGGUCGGGACCUGGGAGGAAGACUCCCUUCUGAUGAAGGGUGACACCUUUCUAUUCUUGGCUUUUGGGUUUUUAGCCAGUCAACCCGUUCAUCAGAGGAUCUUGUCCGCAAGUUCCUCCCUCACAGCUAAACUCAGCUGUUAUGCUGCUGCCGUAGCCCUCGUCGUCUUUGCCAUCCCUCCGGCGAUAAUUGGAGGAGUGGCUGUCAUUGCAGACUGGAACAAGACAUCCUAUGGGUCUCCUUCUCCGUUUGAGCGUGGUGAUGGAGUAAUUAUCUUCCCCAUCGCUCUGAACUACCUCACACCACCCUACAUCGGCAUCAUCGGCAUCAGUGCAGUGGCGGCCGCUGUGAUGUCCUCAACUGACUCGGCCUUGCUCUCUGCUGCCUCCACCUUCUCCAACAACAUCUACAAGAACAUCCUGAGGCCCCAGGCAUCACAAAGAGAGAUGCAGUGGGUGAUCCGUGCUGUUGUGCUAGUUAUGGGCGUUGCAGGAACUUCACUCACCUUUACCAAAAAGGGGACGCUUGUGAUGUGGUACAUCGGAGCAUCAAUGACCUACAACUUCCUGUUACCUCAACUGAUCUGUGUGCUUUUCUUGGACAAGGCAAAUGGUUACGGGUCUCUCACAGGCUUUGUGGUGAGUUUGGUCUUGAGAUUGUUGUGUGGAUGGCCCAGCUUGGGGAUCCCGGCGGUUCUCCAUCUCCCAGGCGGCUCCUUCGAGGAUGGGGUUCACGUCCAGCGCUUCCCGGUCAAUACUCUGUGUGUGCUGUGCUCCUUGGCCUGCAUCCUGACUUUCUCCUACCUGACAGCUCUACUUUUUGACCAAGGCAUAAUCCCUGAGGCAUGGGAUGUGCUCAAUUUCCUUAAGCUGCCCAGAAAGUUACCAAGUUUGGGGGCUUCCAACGAAGACAAGAAGCGGAGGUUGGAGGAAAAAGACCCUCAACGAGAUCCCUCAGAGCCAAUGAUGAACACAACAUGUUAGAAGGGAACAUGUCUGUAUGUUUAAAUUACAGUUUGUGUGUGGCUUUGUAUUGUAAAAUACAAAAUAUGAAUACACUUUAAUAACAUUG